AUGGCUGUCGCUCGUGGCCCUUCAGGGCAACGUCGGCGGAAGUCGGACACGAAGCAGCUACAUCUCCAAGUCGUUCUGAUUUCUGGGGAAUGCGCUGACCUCACCAUUCGGUGCGAUGCCAGAGUGUCAGAAGCGAAAGCUGAAGCCGCGGUGGCUUUGGGCGUCGUGGCGACGAGCUUGAUCUCUGACACCGGCUGUCUUCUGGAUCACAUGACUUUAGCGGAGGCCGGCGUGAAGGAUGGUGGUAUACUGGCAGCUCAGCUGGCAGAUGAAGUGCGACUGUACACCAACAGAGGAGCCUUUGCCUACAUCAAUCCCGAUGGAGAUAUUUUGACCUGGGGCGAUCCGGAGGGCGGAGGCGACAGUCGCUUCGUGCAACAUCUCUUCCAGUGUCAAGUUGCAACCAUACUGUCCACGGAUACAGCCUUUGCUGCGUUGCUUCACGACGGUCGUGUCCUGACUUGGGGAGAUCCCCUUGCAGGCGGUGACUGCUCUGCAGUGGAAUCGCAGCUUGUGGAGGUGACACGCAUUGUGGGGAAUCGCGGCGCCUUUGCUGCCCUGCGACGUGGAGGAGGUGUGGUGGUCUGGGGGCACCAAGCGUACGGCGCAGACACAGCUGCUGUCCGCGAGCAUCUUCACAGUGGUGUCGUGCAGAUCUGCAAUACUGGCAGUGCCUUCGUGGCUCUGAAAGCCGACGGCCACGUCGUGACCUGGGGCAAUGCGGCGGCGGGAGGUGACAGCCGAUACGUCUACGAUCAGCUUCAGCGUGACGUGAGUUACUUGGCCUCCAACGAGCACGCCUUUGUGGCUGUCCGCCGGGACGGGACGGUUGCAACCUGGGGAGAUCCGGCACGGGGAGGAGACUGCUCGUCAGUCGCCUCGAAGCUCAAGCAAGGCAUCAAGAUGAUUUGCUCAAAUUCUGUGGCAUUCGCAGUCGUGCUGGAGAACGGCUCUGUUGUCUCUUGGGGUUUGUCCAGCGGCGGCGGCUCCACACGCCAAGUCCAGGCGCAGCUGAGAUCCAAGGUCCUCAAGAUCUACGCGACAUCACAGGCCUUCACAGCCCUCAAAGAAAGCGGCAAUGUGAUCUCCUGGGGCUUGGAGUCGGAUGGAGGAGACAUUCUGGCACGCCCGGAGGACCGGGGUGAGGUGGACCGAAUCUUCUGCACGGACCACGCGUUUGCUGCCCUCACCCGACGUGACGGGCGUGUAAACUGUUGGGGGGCGAAGGAUUCUGGCGGCGACUGCAGCGCAGUGUCCUCACAGUUGCAAGGCAUCUAUCACAUCUGCGGCACACGCCAUGCCUUCGCGGCUUUACGGCACGACGGCUCGGUAGUGACCUGGGGCAGCCCGGCGAGUGGAGGUGACUCCGGCUCCUGUAGCCCACAGCUUCAGGGUGGUGUCCUUCGCCUUUUUGCCACGCGGCUGGCCUUUGCGGCGGUGAAGCGUGACGGGACCAUCCUGACUUGGGGUGGCAGAGACGGUGGAGGCCCAAUGCGUCCACCUCAGCGACAAGCACUCACACGAACAGAAAGCGGGCUGAAGGUGGCCAAGAUAGCGUUCAACACUCGUUCGAGAGCUUCGAAGUUCGGCUUGGACCGGAUAGCCAAACAAAAGCGACUCGAACGGGAAUUGAAAGCAGGGCCAAUGACCCUCGACGCAGACCCACUAGCUGAUGCUCCAAAGCCAACGAUGGCGCAGUUGGAAGCAAAG